AUGGCCACAAUCGUGUGCACUGCAGAUGUGGUUAACCAAGCUGCGCCAAGCUUGAUUGACGAUCCUUCCGAAGAGCCGUUUUGUGUGCUUGGUCAAGCUGAGAAGGCUGCCACAAGGAUUCUGACCGAGCUGUUGUCGAAAUACGAUCGAAACCUGGUGCCAAAAAUGAAAGGAGUGGACGUGGACGUGGAGCUGCUCAUCCAACGCGUCUCUGAAAUCUCCGAGAUCCAGUCCUCUUCUACAAUGCACAUUCUCUUUAGUCAAAUUUGGCACGAUCCCGGUUUAUCAUUCGAGCAUGAAGAUGGAGCUCAGUGUCUCACGAAUCUCUCGUUAUCUCAUCGUAUGGUAGACAAUAUCUGGUUGCCAAAUGUCUGUAUAGUAAAUAGUAAAGGAUCUGUUAUCCACAAAAGUCCAACGCCAAAUAUUUUUCUGGCGAUUUUCCCAAACGGAACUGUGUGGAUGAAUUACCGGAUCGUUGUGGAAUCUCCCUGCGAAAUGGAUUUCAGGUCAGUUUUAAAAGUUAUUCACUGUGCUAUGCGUUUGAGUAGUUACCACUGCUACGGAAAAAGGAUCAAAACUGGAAAUAAGCAACUGGUUUCAAUUUACCAGUAUCUCACUGACGAUACGGCCGCAUACCCUUCAAUACCUUUCCAAGUCAUCGCUGAUAACUGA